UUGAGCUCAGGGAAAUUUUGACUGGUUAAGAGAUUUUACCAAACACUUAAUCAUUAUGCAAAAAUAGACAGGUUAACCAAUUUUAAAAAUCAUUAAUUGCAGCAUUACAGUAAUCUAACCUGGGGCAUGAAACAGAAUAGGCCAGUCACAUGCAUAUGUUUUUCAUUUAAAACCUAUGUGUAUGGCACUGUGCAUACAGAGCGACAAUAUAACACCAAGUAUGAUAAACACUGGAUCAUAAUCAGGACAUUUCGUCAUAUAACAAUUGAGCUUUUUGUUCAGUCAAUAAAUGACGCCCUUUACUUCACUGAGAAGUGUCUAGCAGCUGGUAAACAAUGGUGCUGCCUUGCUCCUUUUGCUUAUGUUAGGAAUGCAGGCAAACUUCUGGGAAGAUGUAUACCAAAAAGAACUUGAGACAUUUAAAGACAUUGGAGAUGUUGGUGAGAUAUGGUUUGGUGAGGAAAGCAUGAGCCGCAUGCUACGAUGGAUGGACAAGGCUAAGAUCCCAGAAAACGCUGCUAUUCUGGACAUUGGCACAGGAAAUGGAGCCUUUUUAGUUGAACUGGCUAGGCAUGGAUACAGGAAUCUGACAGGUAUAGAUUAUUCUCCAGCAUCUGUGGAACUGGCCAGAAAUGUUCUGCAGGCAGAGGACUUGGCAGAUGUCACUGUAAAGGAGAUGGAUUUCUUAAACUGUCAAGGGGAACUAAAGGGCUUUGAUAUCUGCAUUGACAAAGGAACAUUUGAUGCGAUAAGUCUGAACCCAGACAACAGGGAGGAGGGCAAAAAACUCUAUGUCCAAGCUCUAAAGGAUGCUCUUAAGGACAAAGGAUUCUUUGCUAUCACUUCCUGUAACUGGACAAAAGAGCAGCUGCUGGACAGGUUCUGUGAAGGACUUGAGUUUGUACAGGAGUUACCUACACCCAGUUUCCAAUUUGGAGGCAAGACAGGCCACAGUGUCACAGCACUGAUCUUCAAGCGAGUGCAUUGAUUCAUGAUCACAAAUGAUAUUUGUCUUUUCUUUUUUCUGCAGUAUUUUUUGUUUGUUUGUUUCUGUGAUAUGCAUAGUAUUUGUGUACAUUAAGCAUUUUCAUACAAGAACUGAUUAUGUUGUUGUUGUUUUUUUUUUUUUUAAGUAGAAUUAAACUGGCAUAUAGUAUAAUGCAGUGGAGGGGGAUGAUUUUACAUAUACACUGUAUGAAAUGUAAUAAAUUAGUACAAACAAGGUUGU